AUGGCCAACAUCGAGCAAAAGAUUGCCAUAAUCGAACAAAUCAUCGGAUACAUUUACACCGAUAAACUCAUCUGUCUCGAGGCCUUGCAGAUGAACAUGGACCCGAUGUAUGUUUCACUAGGUGGAAUCCGCCAUCUAGUGAGGAAGAACAAGAACCUCGAAACCGUAGGCGACGCCAUCAUCGACGCCGUCCUUUGCAAGAAAUGGUACGAAUUUCGUGACAGCCACGGACAUCGUCUCUCAGUCGAACAAUUCGACUCCCAAAUUCGUCAGCGCAACGCCUGCAACAACUUCUUCACAGCGAUUGGCCGCGCAAACGGCAUCGAUGCGUGCAUCCUGAUGAAUGCAGGUAUGGGCAACCGCGCAAGCGAUGGAAUGGUCGCAAACACCGUCGAAGCAGUCAUUGGAGCUGCAUACAUCGACGCUGGCGUCAACGGCCUCGCAGUCGUCAACGCCAUCAUGGCGAGGCUUGGCCUCGACAAUCCCCCUCUCUUCUCGACAUAA